AUGAGCUACCGCGCCGGCGGUCACCUCAGCGUUCUGCCCCGUAACCCGCACGACGAGAUCGUGAGGCUCGCGCUGGAGCUGGGUAUCGAAGAGGAGAGGCUGCACGCGAGGCUCGAGGCCACCAUGGUGGAGGGGGAGGAUCAGUAUCCGGCCGAGCUGGGGUUCAAGCCGACGACGCUGUACGACGCGCUGCAGUGGCACCUGAACAUCACUGUCCGUCCGGCGAGCCUGCCGCGCAUUCUGGGCAUGGUGCGGGACGCCGGCGGCAUGACCGCAGAGGAGCACCAGGAGCUAAUGCAGCAGGACAGCGAGAUGGUCGCCGAGCAGUUCUGGUGGUUGUCAAGCCUCCUACGCGCCUUCCCACGGGCGAAGGGCAAGAUCACGCUCGGCGCCCUCUUCGGCGCGCUGCCCUUGCAGUUCCCGAGGCUGUAUUCCAUCGCGAGCAGCAACGUGGUCAGCCCCAGCGUGGUCGAGCUCUGCGUGGGCCUCGUCUGCGUUGGCAGCAGCCGCGGGCUGGCCUCCGGCUACCUACACUCGCUGCAGGUGGGCAGCCCUGUGUGGGUGUCCGCGCUCGCCUCGUCUUUCGACCUGCCAAAAUCGCUAGAGGCGCCUAUGAUCAUGGUCGGCGCCGGCACGGGCGUCGCGCCCUUCGCCGGCUUUGUCCGGGAGCGCAUUCACCACGCGCAGAAGGGCGCGGCCGGGCAGUGCGGCAAGGCCCAGCUCUUCGCCGGCCAUCGGUGCAGCGCGGAGACCCUUCACGCCAGCCUGUUCAAGGAGGCGCUCGAAGUGUCGGCGCUGACGACAUACGACGUGUCCCUGUCUAGGGAGCCAGACGUGGAGAAGCGCCUAGUCACCGACGGGCUCCGCCAGUCGGCGCAGGAGGUAUGGGAGCUGAUCCAGAGGCCCGAUUGCCACUACUACGUCUGCGGCGACAGGCGCAUGGCCGACGACGCUCACCAGGCGCUGAUCCUCGCCAUCGCCAGGGGGGGCAACAUGAGCCGGGCGAGGGCGGUUGCCUUCAUGGAUGGCAUGCGCGCGUCGGGCAGGUACCACCUCGACGUCUGGGGGGUCAUGAAGCAGGGCGGGAAGCGCCGCUCGCUGCAGAACUGGUCCAAGCCGUACCUGAGUCUCAUGCAGGAUACAAUCGAGGACGAUGAGCUGUGGACCCCACAGCUCGUCGCCCGCGCAUGA